AGCAAUUGCUGUUGCAGCAAGGAAAUUUUAAUCUACCUUCAUUGUACAGCCUUCAGUAGGCUAUUCUUUACUCUUAUUGUGCGCUCACUGAAUGCAAUACUGAAAAAUAACGGAACUGAACACUGAAGUGUCAUUACACGGUUUCUUGUUAAAGAGGAGCUCGUCAGCUUUCAGACAUGGAUAAAUUUAAACCUUUGCUCACCUUCACGCAGAAACAACAAACCAACUUGGGGUUUGGCUUGAUCGCACUUUUAACUGCGGGUAGCGAGCACAUCUUCUCGGUUUUCGCUUUUAAGUGUCCUUGCAAUGACUGGAGUUUCAUUUAUGGCAACGUCUGCCUCCUCGUGCCCGCACUCGCGCUGCUCAUCCUAGGUUACAUGAUGAGCAAUAAAACGUGGAAAUUAUUCACAGGACUGUGCCUUAGGAGGUCUAAGCUGUGUCGUUUUAGUUACGCGUUUGGUUUUUUGUGUGUUUUUCUGCAAAUUACCACGACCGCAAUGAUCGCACCUCUGAGCUGGAUAGCAGUUGCGUUACUUCGAGGGGUUUACUUCGAGUGUUUAAUGACGGGUGCCAAUAUUACACUGUUUAGACGUACCCUUUGUAAUGAAAAGUUUCCACACUGUUGGAAGGAGUUGGAGAAGUUUCCGUGUGAUGGGACCUCCAUACCACAGAGCGAGAGAAUGGCUGUCCUUUCCAUUAUACGCGCAGAGUCGCAGGUACUUGGUUGGAUGCUGAUAGCAUCUGUCAUGAUGUUCACCUUUCUGCUCACAUGCAUGGCCAGAUGCUAUUCUCCAAUCAGCUACAUGCAGCUGAAGUUUUGGAGGGUGUAUUCCCAGAAGGAGAGUGAUUAUUUGGACAUCUAUACAGCUCAGCAUGCCGAAAAGCUUGCCAAAAGAAACUUGACAAGCUUCUUUGAGUUAACCAAACCUGUUCCUAUGAAGAGUCCUCCCAAACAUGCCUGGGAGAAGAUUUCCUCCUUCUACAAGUAUAGAAGCAUGGAUGAAUACUACAGCAUCCUGCACAAGUAUGUGUCCACUUGUGAGGACCUUGAAAAUCCAACAGCAAGAGCUUCGGUCAAGUCUGAAAAUGACUUCUCAAGUCCUGCAGCUCUCGCAUUUCUGGACGAUGGCAAAUUGGCCCUGUGAUUGACUAAAGAGCAAAUCUGCUUUAGCAGUGGUCCUUUGAAUGACAACUUGGCUCCUCUACCGUGUCAUUUUGGUCAAAUACAGUAUAUUAACAAAACUUCUCUUUUUUUUCUUUUUCCUGUAAAUUCUGCAGAUCAUUUUGUUGAUGUACCAUUUUAUUGAUUUUUUUAUUGAUUGAUUUUUUUAAUACAAUUAGAGUGACAAGGAAUUAUGGGGAGAGUGAAAAGGGUUAUUUUACGUUUUUUUAACAAAUAACAACAACUGUUCUCAGUUGCUUUGUGUUUGAGUUUGUGGCAUGUAUUGUUACAAUUUUAUCUUCAAUAUCUCCAAGAACAAAUACUAUUCUUACCAAAUGCACUUUGUCCAUUUUUACUGUAACUACAGCAAACAAGCAAGUUUGACUUUUUACCAGUUUGGUUCUAUUAUUAUAUUUCAACAUACAACAGUUUAUGCCUUUCUAUCGAAUAAUCAUAAACUUGUAAAAACCACACUGCUAAAAGCUCACUUCCUAAAUGCUCACAACAAAAUCAAUAUUUUCCCAUUAGACAUUAAUAUGAAAGCUUAUCCAUAUGGCCGAAGCAAGAUGAGCAGAACAGAAAGUGUCUACUCAUACAUAAAACUAAACACUUCCCUUGUCAAAUAUUAUGUUGCAAUAAACCUCAUUGUUAUACAUCACACGCAAGUCUUGUGAAG